UGAUUACUCUGUGUAUUUAGUUCCUCUCUUUCCCUGUCCCUUGUUGGAUCAUUGUUUGUCUUUCCUGUGUUCUUAUUCCUCUUGGUUUUUUUCUGUGGAUUUGUUAAACACAAAGAGUCUGUCUUCCAGCUGGCUGGAUUCACACGUUACCUGAAGCUGACCAAAGGUGGAUAUCCAAAGCCCUUUUCAAAUGGACACCCCAGGGGCAUCCUGAGCUUGACUUUUCCAGAGUGGAUAAGCUUUGGUGGUAUCCUCCACAGGUCCCUCUGAAGAUAAGUAAUUCUCCCCCACUGGAGAAUUACUUUGGUCACCCACUUCUUCUCUGGAUGCCGCGCAAGCUGUGGCAAGUAAAGCUCACCUGUCCGCAUGCAGACUGCUCCAGACAACCUUUGACCUCGGCCGGCUUGCACCAGAAGAUCAGGCAGGUGGUGGGAGUGGGCAGUGUGUAUUUUAUGGCAUCUGAGUACCUGGCAUGUAAAACAUGCAAAAGAAAAGUGAUCAGCUGGAGCCAUGGCAUCGUCUCCCAGCUGGACAUUGGUCAUAGAGUGCAAUUUCCGUGCAUUUUGACUUCAAAACUGGCUUGCGACAUGGAGGUGGCGACCUUGAUGCGUCAGAGAGGGCUGGGAAACAGCAGCAGCCAGGUCCAGCGGAAACUGAGAGAGCGUCACGCUGAGUUGUGGUUGCAGAAAACUGUGCAAUACCUCACAGACUGCAAGGGGAUGGCCAGCGCUGUGAAAUCAGGCCUGAUCCUGCCUCUGACAUUUGAAGAAGCACCUCCGAUGCCUGUUGUCCCCAAACACAGAUGGCUGAUGCAGGUAUAUGCUCAGGAUGUCCUGCAAAGGCUCGAGGAGAUAAAGGCAUCCAUCACCUCUCAAUAUGGCCGAAUCCUGAAAAUGGAUUCCACCAAAAAGGUAGCCCGGAAGCUUGCGGGAUCUAGCUACGGUACCUGUACCUGGGCAACCAAUGUCGGAAAUGAGUACGGGCAGGUGGUCAUUUCCGUCCUGACUGCCAGUGAGGGUUUUGGUCUCGGGCCAAUGAUCGAGGGUCUCGUUAAAAGAUACAGAGUGGCUGGGGUGGCACCCCCUGAGGUGCUGUAUGUCGACCGGGACUGCUGUGGCAACACUCUUCUGAGGAGGCAGUUUGAAGAGUGGGAGCAGAUGUCCAUCCGGCUUGACAUCUGGCACUUCAUGCGGAGGAUAGCUGUGGGUUGCACAACAGAUUCCCAUCAGCUGUAUGCAACCUUCAUGAGUCGCCUCAGCCACUGUAUUUUUAUGUGGGACGAGGAUGACCUCAAGGCCCUGAAGCUGGCAAAGCAGGCAGAGAUGGAAGCUGACCGAAGGAGACCAUCGGAGGCCGAUGUGAUGCGUCGCAUCAGCAGAAGCGAGCUAGCCCUACAUUGCAGAAGAGCAACACGUGGGACGAGGGAGACUCAGGUUCUGAUCGAAAACCACAUCCAGGCCUUUGACGGAGAUGCUGGUCGAGACACACUGGGAGUGCCUCUUAUCAACUCGGCUCGGAUGCAGGAGAUCUGGAAGUCCCAGAGGAAGCAUGUUGCAUGCAUCCAGGAUCCUCCAGGUAUACAGCUGUACACGCAGACAGGAACCCUGGUGAAGGGAGGGCACCGUCUGCCAACUUACCGCUGUGCCAGAGGGUCCACGUCGCUGGAGUCUUUUCACCUGCAUCUGAACAGAUUCAUCCCAGGCACGCUUGCAAGUGACACCUUCUUCCAAGCCUAUCUGUUGGAUGGCCUUGCAAGGUGGAAUGAGGACCGGGCUGUUGCAGCAACCACUGAUGGGCAGCCGCAGCCGCAUUCCUACAGCCACCUGCUCCGACAUGCUGCAAAUGUUCUUGCAGAGGAGGUUCUGGGAAAAAAGAUCGUCCCCUACGUUGGACCAACAAAAUACACUGAAGAGCUUAUUGGGGUAGAAUACCUCUACCAACAAACCGGGAAGGUUCUCCAGGACUACAAGUUGGCCAUCGAGGAAUCAGAGACCGCUGAUGUGGUUCUGGAGGUGGAGGAAGACUGUGCUGAAGCUGAGGAGUUUCAAGACAUCACUGUGCCCACCUUUGAAACAGAGCGAACACCUGCUUCCGCCUCACAAGCAUCAGCUUCAGCAGUGCCAGUGAUGACACCUACUCCAACUCCAGCAACCAGCUCUGUCCCAUCAGUGUCUGUGAUUCCUCCAGCACCAUGGCCAGCUCCUGAGAGCACUUCUGUCCCGGCUCAGUUGAUGCCAGUGAUGCCCUCAGUGAUGCCAGAUGACUUGGACCAGGUAACGGUGUCUUCAGCACCAGUCGACUCCACUUCACAUGACGAUUCUGUUGGACCUGACAAUAUCCAGGGGUAUGGAGCAGUUCAGGACCUUGCAGAUUUUUUGCUUGGCCUCAAAGACCACCGCCUGGCUCUGAGUGGAGACGAGUGUGCCCAGGUCAUUACCCUGUGGCAGGCAUUAGGGGAAUAUGACAAAAAAAAAACAGUCUAUCAAGCCCGUCAUCAAGCCUCCUUACAAAAAGGACGAUUCAGAGCCACAAAAAAGAUUGUGGCACCAGGUGUGGAGAGCACCAAAAGGUGUUUCAUCGGAGCUCAUAGUCCCGCACAGUGGCCGGACUGCAACAGAGUGGUGGAGGCAGUCUUCACGAGACUCUGCGGAUUGUACCAGGGUGCUGUGCGCUGUGAAGGAGUGAGAGUGUCUAGAUUCACGAUGGUGGCUCGUUCUUACAAAAACAUCAGGGAGUGCAUCAUCACCAAUUCCAGGGUGAUGAGUCAAACCACAAUUCAGCUCCCUGAAGUAAAUGCUGCCACAGUCACACAAUGGUACAGCAAGCGUUGCAGGUCACAGGAGCAGGACAUUUUGAAGCAGGGCAUCUCUGCUUCAAAUGCACCCAUGGCUGGGCCUGACAAACUUCCUGUCGCCAUGCAAAAAGUGCCAGCCCUGCACUCUGGCACUUUGGCUGAGCCACACCUGUUUGUCCUUCCCCCAAACACUGCUGGGGAGGCAAAGCUUAAGGGGAGACUGCAACCCCAAACCAUCUCCCAAGGACUGACCCUCCCUCUCAUUACACCAGCUCCACCUGUCCCCCUCCCCUUUAUACUUCCGUCUGUGCCUGGAACAUCGCAGAUGAUGUUUUUAAACCUCCAAUCACCUUCAGUCCUGUCACCACCCCCACCACCAAGCCAAGAUGUACCCUACACGACACAACAGUAUCGUAAGAGAAAGCAAGCGCAGGAUCUCACUGGGACGGUCACGAGGAAGUACGUCAAGAAGACAGAUGUGGUCCUUUGCAGAAAGUGCACAAAAGAAAGGAAGCCACCCUCGCACCUGCAGUAUUUCGGGAAUUGGUACUGUCAAGAGACGGAGACACAGUCGUACCAAGAAUGGAGGACUGAGCUGGAGAAGCGAGGUUACGGGAAAAAGAAAAAGAGCCAAAACGACCCUCCAGCCUCUUAGUAAAUUAGACACCUCAGAUUUCAGAUCAAGAAAACUUUGUUUGACGGUAAAGAAGUUGACGGUCCUAACUAUGUGUCAGUUUCCCUGUGAAUAACUGCACAUAAACAUUGUUUUGUCUCAGGAGGGUUUUUAAACUGUAUUUAAAUAGAAUUGUGAUGUCCUAACUUGCAGCAUGGUUGUGGCUGAAAUACUUUCUAACAGUAAGAGUGAAUCUCCUGCAGCCAAAUAUGCUUUAAAAAAUGUUUGUUUCCAAAAGUAUUGCAGAAAGUUGGAGUUAAAGAGACUUAUCAUUAUUACUGGGCAGUAUUGUAAUAUGAUGUCAUUUUUUUUCUCUUCCUGUAAAUAGUUUUUAGUUUUGAUUUAAUAGGCCUUUUGUGUUAUAUUAUUAUAAUUCAUAUAUUAUUCAUAGUGUUGUAAAUAUUGCUAUUAUUAUUAUUAUCAAUGU